GCUUCCGCAGCGCCCGGAGCCGCCGGGAGCCCCGGGACUGCACCGGCAGCGAACGGAACCGGGCUGCCAGGGAAUGGAGAGCUCCUGGGAGAGCUGGGAAAGGGGAUCAGCCUGCAGAAAACGGGGAUCGGGGGAAAUCCUGCCUCUGCACAGCUCCCUGCCAGGAGGAGACAGCCGGGGGGUUCGGGCUGUGCUCCCAGGAAACAGCGACAGGAGGAGAGGGAACUCAGGCUAAGGGCUCGGGAUGGACUUCCUGACGCUCUUCCUGAUUUACCUGUGCUUUGUGCUGGCCACCGCUGCCCUGCUCUGCCUCUGCUCGGGAAGGAAGGAGAGUUUCCUCACAAGGAGUGUCAGCAGGGCAAGCCAGGUGCUGUCACUGGUGAUCCCCAGCCAGCUCCAGAGGGUGACACACCGGGCACUGCACAGGCUCUUCCACACAAGGAGCUGUUUGUUUGUGGUCCUGCACGUAGCCCUGCAGGCUGCAGUGUUUGGGGAAUACACCUGGGAAGUGUUUGUGUACUGCAGGGAGCUGCAGUUCCACCUCCUGGCCCUGCUCCUGCCCUACCUGCUGCUGGCUGGGAACCUGGGCUGCUUCAUGCUCUGCUCCCGGGCCAAUCCUGGCACAGUGACAAAAUCCAAUGCUGCAUCCCUGGUGGAGGUUUAUGCCUAUGAUGGGGUGUUGUUUCAGAGAGGCCUCGUGUGUCCCACGUGCUCUGUGGAGAAGCCAGCCAGGUCCAAGCACUGCAGUGUCUGCAGGACGUGCGUGCAUCGCUUUGACCACCACUGUGUGUGGGUCAACAACUGCAUUGGAGCCUCCAACGCCGGCGUGUUCCUGCUGUACCUGCUGUCCCUGACAGCCACCGCUGCAGCCCUGGCUGCUGUCACAGCUGCACUCCUCAUCCAGGUGCUGCUGCUCUCCAACAUCAUGCACGGCUCCUACCUGGAUGCCCAGGGACAGGAGCACCCCGUGGAGAUCGCCUUCCUCGUUCAGCACCUUUUCUUGACUUUCCCUAGGAUUGUCUUCAUGCUGGGCUUCCUCAUCCUGCUCACACUCGUCCUGGGGGGAUAUUGCUCCUUCAGUCUGUAUUUGGCCCUCACCAACCAAACCACCAAUGAAUGGUGCAAAUCCCGAAAAUCUGGGGGUUCCUCCCAUCUCCCCUCGCAGCCUCAUGACAGACCCCUCGUCUACAAAAACAUUUAUUCUAAAGGGAUCUGGAGGAAUUUAAAGGAAGUCUUUAACCCUCCUACAGUACUGGAAAGGAAGAAGAAAACAUGAAGAUAUUAUUGUUUCUCUGGGCAUUUUUAAAUGUUUAUUAAGACUUUAGUUCAGCAGGGGGCUCGGAUGCCCAGACAGAUUUUGGAACAAGGUUACUGCAGAAUUCACAGCCUGGUGCCUCAGCAGAGCAUCAUUUGAGCUCCCUCCCUCAGUGAGACUCAGGCCAGCUCAGUCCUGGCCCCUGAUUUGGUAUCAGGGGUAUCAAAUUCCUUUGGACCAAUCUUUGGAAUCUUGAGGAAGCAGCAUCUUUUUGUAUCUUUCUUUGGGAAACAAUUAACCCAUGACUGUUUACAAAGACUACAAUAAGUUGUGUGUAUUUAGCUGAGAAACUGACUUCUGGCAGGAUCUUACCUGCAGAAACCAUGUCCUACUGCAGCUUUGGAG